AUGCUGCACAUCAUCGCCUUGCCGGCUGUGCAGGCAUGGGCGGGACUUUGCCAAAGCGGGGAAGAUGAUUGGAUCCCGCGGGGCUUGGAGCUGUUCCUGCUUCUUCGUGUCUUGCGGCAGGCCGGCAUUGGCGAUCUCUGGCUGCGCCUACUUUGGAGGCAGCGCGACCCGCUUGCCUUUGGCAAGGCCCAAGCGGCGGACUUAUCAAUGUUCGCGUGGCUACAGCACUCCAUCUCCGACUCAGAGCUGGACGAGUUUCUGCGCCAGGCCAUAGCGCGUGGCAGAGAGGCGCCCAUCACUCUGAAGGACCUCGAGCAAUUGCUUACCCAAUGGCCCAGCGCGGAGUGGUGCCUGGUGGAUUUCAGGGCACGGCUGGAUGAAGUUAGCAGUGCUAAGCUGAAAGAGGUAGAGCAGGUGGCCAGGGCCUGGGAGAACAUCAUUCCUAGCGAAGUGGUGGGCGGAAGCGAGGCCAAGCUCAGCAAGCUGAUCAUCCGCACCGCCAUCCACGUGAAGGUGAAAUGGAGCACCCUGCAGAAGCUGCUGUUUCUCGACUUGCUGGGCCACGGCGGCAUCUACCGAGAGAGCCUGAUUCACGUGGGGAAUGCCUAUGGCUUUGACCUCUCUGUCAACAUGGAGGUCCUCGCAGCGUGGUGCCUGCUGCUGGUGAAGCACAACUGCCAGGAUCAUGUGGGCGUUCUGAAGCGUUUUCUGCAGCACCAGGGCGAGAUGGAUCGUACCGUGGCUCUCUUCAACGCGCUGGCCGCGAGUGGCAAGGUCGAAACUAGGUGGAAGUUCCUGGCGCAGGAGCUCUGGGAGACCUGCCAACCGCAGCUCAGCCCAGUGGUGCAGCACCAGGUUUUCCAGGUGCUCCAUGCGGGCAAAUGCAUCGGCCGCUUCUGA